AUGACUGGUCCAGUCGCCUCGAUUGAGGCGCCUGGAAUCAAGAUCGAUGGGGAACUUCUCUUCAACAUGCGUACAGAAGUUGCGUGCCUCCUGGACAGGAAGAACACAAGCUUUCCGGGAGCCCAACCCGUAAGCUUUGCGCGGAGACAUUUGGAAGAGUUAACAAAGCAAGACUUCUACGUCUGCGAGAAGUCCGAUGGCUUUCGAUAUCUGCUAUACCUCACACAGGACGACCAAGGAGGAGAAAUACACUACCUGAUCGACCGAAGUAAUGAUUAUUGGUUUAUACCACAAGGAGGGCUACAUUUCCCUGUUCCUCGCGACGUCGAAGGCUUCCACACCAAUACCCUCAUCGACGGGGAGCUCGUAGUAGACAAGCUUCCAGAUGGCACUACACAACCCAAAUACCUCGUCUUCGACUGCAUGGUUUUAGACGGAAACAGCCUCAUGAACCGCACGCUCGACAAACGGCUCGCAUACUUCAAGGAACGAAUAUUCGACCCCUACAAACAGCUACUGAACCAAUAUCCAGAAGAAAGAAAGUACAUGCACUUCAUCGUCGAGCUAAAAAGCAUGCAAUUCUCCUACGCCGUCGAGAUGAUGUUCCGGCAGAUCCUACCCUCUCUCCCCCACGGCAACGACGGCCUGAUCUUCACCUGCAGAAUGACAGACUACAAACACGGCACCGACCAAAACAUCCUGAAAUGGAAACCCGAAUCAGAAAACUCCAUCGAUUUCCGCCUCUGCCUCGACUUCCCCAUUAUUCAACCAGACGAGCAAGACCGCGCCGAAGGCAUCACAGAACCGUAUCCUGACUACGAUGCCCAGCCCAUCUGUAACCUGCACGUUUUCGCCAGCGACGGACAUGAAGAUCCUUACUUCGCCAUCAUGCACCUCGAGCCUAGCGAAUGGGAGUCGUUAAAGUCCCUAAACCAACCCCUGAACGACAGGAUCGUGGAGUGCUACAUGGAUUCCUACAAACGGUGGAGGUACAUGCGGUUCAGGGAUGAUAAGAAAACGGCGAAUCAUACGAAGACGGUGGAUGCGGUGAUUGAGAGUAUUAUGGAUAGAGUCACGGAGAAGGAUUUGAUUGCUGCGGCGAAGGGGAUUAGGGAUGAGUGGAAGAGGAGGGCGGCGGAGGAUAGCGCGCGAGAGAAGAAGGAGAUGGAGAGGAAGAGAGUGGCUAUUGUGGGGGUGUCGAGUGCGAAUGGUGUUCAAGGAGCGAAGAGGAAGGCUGAUGAGCAAGGUGGUGGAAGGCCGAGUCCUGGGCCGCCAGGGAAAGGUUGA